AUAUUAAUAAAGUUUGUUCAAAUAAUAAGUGUAGGAAGAUGGUAGAAAGUGAUUAAGUAAAGAUUUCCUGAUAAAGUAUCAUUGCAUUCUACCCUCAUUCAUUGCAACGUUUGUUUCUAACAAUUUAUCUGAAGGUUUCAACUGUUGAUUAAAAUUAUUAAAAAAAAAACUGAAAUGGAUAAGUAUUAUAAAAACUUCAUAUUGUGCGGCGAAGCCAAUUUCUAUUGCAUUUUAUGUCAAGAAGGUUUUGAAAUUAAAACACAUGUAGAAAAGCAUUUGCGAUGGGAGAAACAUAGAAAAAAUAUUAAAAAUCAGGAAUAUGCUCAUAAAUUUAAGAAAGAUCGUAUUUAUAAGAUUGCUGAUAAAUAUUUCUAUUGUGAAAUUUGUAAUUUAGUGUUCCAAAAUGCAGCGGAACACAUAAAAGGAAAUAAUCAUCUAGAAUUUAAAAUUUCUGAUAAGAAUAAGGAAAGGACAUUGAAUGUACAUUGUGAUGAAGAUGGGUCAAUAAGAAUACAAGAUAGAGUUAUCACUAAACAGCAAUGGCACGGCAUUGUUUAUGGUAUGUGUUUCAUAUGUGAUGAACCAGUUGAAAGAAUCUUGACUCAUAUAAAGUCUUUUAGUCAUAUGAUGAGACUGAUACAGUGUGGAACUAUGGUUAAGGAUAGUCAGCUCUAUAGACAGGUAAGAGAAAAUAACUUUUAUUGCUUUACAUGUUUUAAAGUAUUGGAUAACAAAUCUCUAGAAACACAUUGGGUUGAUAAUCACAAUAGUAAUAAAAAUGAAAUCAAUAAACACAAAAUAUCUCAAGAAAAUAUUAAAAAUAAAUCAAAUGCAAAUGUGGAUACAAAUAACAACAUAGAUUCAGUUGCCGUAAAAAUAUUUAAAAAAAUUGAAAAGACAUAUUUCAGUUUCGAAAUUGAAAACAAAGCUACAUGUUUAAAAUGUCAGGAAAUUGUAGAUGCUACAUAUGUUGCAUUAUCAGAACAUAAGAAGUUUCAUCAGUCACUAGAUGAUAUAGUAGAGGCAGAUUUAGUUUGGCUUAGGCGAGAUAAGGGCAAGGCAAGGGCAGAGUUAGCUAAAUAUGGAAGAGACAAUUUUAUAAGAUUGAAUGAGGGUGGAAGCAAGGGUUAUUGCUCACUAUGUAAUAAAUGGCUGUCUGCACAUAUUAACAUUGCAAAACAACAUGUGGAAGGAGCUUGUCAUAGAGGACAUUUGGAACUUAAAGGCUUAGUUAAAGAUCAAAAGCAUGACAAACCUACCAUAAAAAGUGUUCCAUAUAAGUCAUUUUUAGAUACUAUGUUUGGUCCAUUUGAAAUUGACGGCUUAAGUUUUGUUGUUAUAAAUAAUGGCAUCUGCAUCGACACUCUAAGUUACAUGCUAAUCUGUGUCAUAGAUAAUUUUAAAAGUACAACAAAAUGCUUUGGUUGUGAUUCAAUAAUUAAUGUGCACAAUUUGAAAAAACAUGCAAAAACAAAUGAACAUAAAGAAAUAUUGUCCGGAUGCAAAGUUUUACCUAUCAUAAUAAAGGAUGAUGAUGAUGAAUUUGUUCGACAGAUACACCCAGGACUAUAUCAUUGUGGAUAUUGUAAUAAGACUUUUCCAUUUUGGGAGAAUUUGAUGAAACACUUGAAAAGCCAUCCACAUACAGUCCAACGUCAAAAAUCAAAACUUAUAAGUUGCAUAUGUGCUAAAUUGUAUCUGGAUCCAUUAUGCUCUUUGACAGACAUAAAAGAAUACAAGUUAUUAAGAGAUUUUUUUGGUUGAUUACAUUUUUAUUAUGAAACUUACUUAAAUAAAAGUAGUAGUUUGUAAGUUGAUG